AUGCCUUCUUUCAAGAGUAUCGUCGCGGGACUUGUCGCCCUUCUCGCGGCAGAUGCUGUCAUUGCUGGCCCAUGCAGGCCCAGCGUGACGACUACGAGCGUCUCUGCCUCGUCCUCUGCUUCAACUGAUACCGAGACGUACACCGUGUCGACCGGGACUGGAAACCUCGACAACCGAGACCAUCCCUCUUUCCACCACUACCUCGUCCGAGAACUCUCUGAGCGAGACUGCUUCAACCGGAACCACGUUGACGACCGAGAUUGCUUCCACGACAUCGACGAUCCCAUCGACUACGGAAACCGCCACGUCCACCGACCUAUCCUCGACAGAACGUCGACAACAUCUGCCAUUGCAUCCACAACUACAUCAGAAGCCCCGGCUACUCUCCCCACCAUUGCCAACGCAAACUUCGACGACAAUACAAAUGGCGCUCCCUGGGUUCGCAGCGGACCGGCUUCGGUAUCCAACGGUGCCGUAUUCUGGAAAUACUCCGCGCCCAACGUCAUGGUUAUGCGACCCGAAACCUCGAUCGCCCAAGAAAUCACCGGUCUUCGCCCCAACCUGGCCUACCGCAUCCGAUUCAUCUACGUCGAGUUCGAUACGCCUUCGGCUCAGGGAGGUUGCAAGGUGACCGCAAGCUUUGGCGGCGAGAACAUUGGUGAGGUUCCUACAGUGCCGCCUCGAACUCCCAACUACGAGUUCGAGGAGUUUGUCUCGACGGUUUACCAACCUUCUACGACAUCUGCGGAGCUGAAGAUUGGGUUUACCUGCACUGCCCCGGGUCAGUCGAACCGAUACUACGUUGAAAACGUGUCGAUCGAGUUCGCUGAAUAG